CUCUUUUCUCUGCAGACGCGGACUAAGCUGCUGCUGGAUGAUGGCGUUAGCGGGGCUACUGGUGCUGGAGUGGGGUCUCUACAUCAGCUGCUUUAUCUGCGGGAUUGUUACCGCAGCGUCUGUCACCAUCGUCCAGGGUAAUUUCGGAGGUCACUGUAUGCUGUACGGAGCGGUCAGCUACAAUGCCACGUCCAAGCUCAUCGGAGUCCAGUCGUCCACAUCCUCCUCUUUGUGUUACUUUGUGUCGGCCAUAUCAAUCAUGGUGGCAGUGGUGUGUUUCUCUCUGUCUGUGUACUGGGUGUACACUUUCUGCAGCGAAGGGGAACUCAAAAGGGAGAAUGUGUGGAUGAACGUGAUUAUUGCCAUCUCCGGCGUUUUCCUGUUCUUCCUGCUCGUCACGGGCUGCAUGUUGAAGAUCGGGCGCGACACGCUCUGCUCGUCUGUCACGAAUAUCGUCCCCAACACUACCAGUUGUGAAAAAGCCCAGUCUGAAAAAUGGGCCAGCCCACUUGAUGGAGAGAGGUUCUACAGCAGUCUACAUAAAGCUGAGAUGUACUUUUGA